AUGGGUGCCCCUUCUCCUCGCAAGGAUGUCCUUUUGGUGGGAUUUGGCGCUGUUGGCGCAGUAUACUCGAUGAUACUGCAGAAGUCUGGCAAGGUCAACUUGACCGUCGUCGCUCGCAGCAACCAUGACCUCGUCAAGAACGAGGGUGUACACUUCAAGAGCUUGAAGUUCGGCGAGAUCCAGGGGUGGAGGCCAUAUCGGGUGGCAAAGUCUGUCACCGCUGCCGCCGACAGGCCAUACUCACACGUCUUCAUCGCUACCAAAUGCGUUCCGGACGUCAUCAAGACGUCGAAGAUGCUGGCUCCCCUCCUCUCUUCGCCCUACACCGACCGCUUCCCCCAACCCACCUAUGUGCUCCUCCAGAACGGCUUGAACGUUGAGAAGGAUCUAUACGAAGCCCUUUCCGCCCUUUCACUUCCCACGCCUCGCAUCAUCAGCACCGCCCUCUACAUCAUGGCCAACAUGCUCUCCCCAAAUGUCGUGCAGCACAACGACAUGGACAAGGUCGUCAUGGGCGUGUAUCGUCAUAAAGACAUGACGACGACAACAAAUAUGCCGGAGGAGCAGGCAGCGCUCGAGGAGCUCGCGGAUAUGUUCGUGUCUGGCGGUGGCACGGCGGAGAUCGUGCCCGAGAUACAAAGGCGGAAGUACGCGAAGAAUGCGCUGAACGUCACGUUCUCGGGCAUAUGUGCGUUGACGAGAUAUCCCUUCACCUCAUUCUUCCGCCCACCACCCUCGGAACCCUCGCACACGUAUACCAUCUACGUUCACCCCUCGACCGCGCAACAAAUUCAAGACUACUCGAUCCCCGUAAUCAAGGGUGUCUUGGACGAGUUGGUCACCCUCGGUCACACCCUGGGCUUCACGCCUGACUCUGUCGACGGCUUGCCUGCUACCUGGGCCGCCGAUGCGUUGGAGAUGACACGCAAGGGUCAGUCGACGCCUCAGGCUGCGCACAGGCCGAGCACGAUGGUGGACAUCGAGCACGGUGACCCGAUUGAGGUCGAGGUGAUAUGGGGCGAGGUGAUCAGGCUGGCGAAGGAGCGGGGUGUGCCGAUGCCGCGCACUGAGACGAUCUACGGCUUGCUCCUCAUCAUUCAAAACCAAAUUCUGCGCGAGAGGGAGCAGAAGGCUGCCGCUUUCAAGACCGAGAAGAUGUCCGUUCAGGCUCCUGCCUCAGCUCCUACCACGGCAGCGCCAACCUCUUUCAUGGCAGGUCUUGUAUCCAUCUCGCGUCUGAUCUCUUCAUAUCUCUUCUCGACGAAGCACUAG